AUGCUUGGGGCUGGAGGCGCGGGGGGGGUUGUGGGGGCUGCUGCUGCGAGCGGGGUGAACAAGAAGAGGCUGGAGAUGAGCUUGUUCGCGGCUGCGCUUCAACGGGAUCAGCUCAAGGCUUUGAAGAAAAAGGCCCGUGAAGCGUCUCGGGAUGCCCCCGUUUCGCCGAGCGAGCAUCUCGUCAACAUCGAGAGGAUGAUCGAUCGGGACGCGGUGGAGAUCGAGCAGAGGCAUCAUCUAGAGGCUCUCUGGCGGGAUGGCUACGUGGUGGUGAAGAUGAAGGUCAGUCGAUUUCUCUUGUUUUGUUUGCGUGCAUGCCGUGCGCGGGGGUCUGAGGUGUUCUUGGUUGGGGGUCGGAAGGAUGUGAUGCACGGGACGAGUGCGCACGAAUUCGUCACCCGGAGGCUGGCGGAGCUGUUCCACAGGAAGGCGGGGAGGACGUUGGUUGCGGAUCUCGACAGGGAGGGUCUCGUGAAGAUAUUCCGGGAUGCCAAUCAAGGUGUUGGAGGGGAGAGGGGCUUCAACAUGCUUUUCCAGAAGAUCGACGACUGUGAGCGCGGGGUCCGCUCCGAGCGGGAGAGGGCGAUCGCGACAGUGUACGACUACCACAAACGGAAGGUGCUGGACGGCUUCCUGCCAGACAUGAUGAGGAACGUGCUUCUACAGACGAUCCCGCUGCUGCAUGCCCUGGGGAUGAACUUCCUGCUCAAGUCCUCGGUGAUGUGCAGCAAGCCGGGCUGUGGGUACCAGGACUACCACUUCGACCUCCCUCCGGAUUUGCAGGGGAGGGCGUCGGACAUGUCGGUGAUCGUGCCGAUGUUCGAGGGGUGCAAGCUCAGGGUCGUGGCGGGCUCGCACCGGGCUGCGGAGGCGGACAUGCGCGGGGGGUUUGAGGGGUUCCUGGAGGGGAGGGAGGGGAGGCUCGCCAGGGAGCUGGUGGAGGCAGGGGCCUGCGUGCGGGACGUGGAUGUGAGGGUUGGGGAGUGCAUCGUGUUCCUCGCGCACGUCGUACAUUCGGGGUCGUCAUACGAGCGGGAGAACUUCCGCUGCCACUUUGCGCUGUCCAGUGGGAUCAAGGUGAUCCGGGACCAAGUGAUGUCCGUGUCUACGUGUUUGAAGGAGUUCUACAAGCUGGACACCGACACGAUGGUGAUGCGGUCUUUGAAGUCCUUCCAAUCGAUGGAUUCCAAGAUCCGCGAUGGGGAGUAG